GAAAAGAAAAAAUUAUUUUGUCAGUAUGCAUAUGAUGCAUACAAGCCUGGUUAGCUUUCGUUGAGCUAUUUUGGCUGUUCUAACUUUUCUCCACAUCAAAACCCCCCAACAAUCCUCAAUCAACAUCGUCCAUGUUAUCUCCACCAACAAAUUAUAUUAUUAUUAUUAUUAUCACUAAACAAUUUCCAAAUAUAAGAUCUGCUUUAGAGAGAAUCUUUGUCAGAUCGGUGGUGUGUGUCGCAAGAGUGUUCAUAGAAUUCUCUAGCUGUAUUAUUUUUGGGAAAGUUUGUCUUUUUUGGUUUUAGAAUUGAGAAGAAGAAAUGGCUAUGGUGGCACAGCAUCAACGGGAUAACAGUAGUGGGAGUCUGAAUAAACAUCUUGAUGCCGCCGGAAAGUAUGUAAGGUACACGGCGGAGCAGGUGGAGGCUCUGGAGAGAGUCUACGCCGAGUGCCCUAAGCCCAGCUCACUACGCCGCCAGCAGCUCAUCCGUGAGUGCCCUAUUCUUUCCAACGUCGAGCCCAAGCAGAUCAAAGUCUGGUUUCAAAACCGAAGGUGUCGAGAGAAGCAGAGAAAAGAAUCUAGCAGACUGCAUAGUGUGAACCGAAAAUUGACUGCCAUGAACAAGCUGUUGGUGGAGGAAAAUGAUCGCCUUCAGAAGCAAGUGUCUCAACUGGUUUCGGAGAAUGGCUUCAUGCGGCAACAAUUACACACUGCACCUGGCACUGAUGCAAGUUGCGAGUCGGCAGUCACGACCCCUCAGCAUUCCAUCAGAGACGCCAAUAACCCUGCUGGACUCCUCGCGAUUGCAGAGGAGACAUUGGCGGAGUUCCUUUCAAAGGCUACAGGAACUGCCGUUGAUUGGGUCCAGAUGCCUGGGAUGAAGCCUGGUCCGGGUUCGGUUGGGAUCUUUGCCAUCUCACAUAGUAUUUCUGGUGUGGCCGCUCGAGCGUGUGGUCUUGUAAGUUUAGAACCUACAAAGAUUGCUGAGAUCCUUAAAGAUCGUCCAUGUUGGUUCCGUGACUGCCGGAGCCUUGAGGUUUUCACCAUGUUUCCUGCCGGAAAUGGCGGAACUAUCGAGCUUUUGUAUACACAGGCGUAUGCUCCAACCACUUUAGCUCCCGCCCGAGGCUUUUGGACUCUUCGAUACACGACUACCUUGGAGAACGGCAGUCUCGUGAUAUGUGAGAGAUCGCUUUCCGGGACAGGGGCCGGCCCAAGUGCAGCUGCAGCUUCUCAGUUUGUGAGAGGCGAAGUUUUUCCCUCCGGAUAUUUGAUCAGGCCAUGUGAGGGUGGAGGAUCAAUUAUUCACAUUGUGGAUCACCUUAAUUUGGAGGCAUGGAGCGUACCCGAGGUGCUCAGGCCAUUAUAUGAAUCAUCGAAAGUUUUGGCACAGAGAACAACUAUUGCUGCACUUAGAUACAUACGACAGAUAGCUCAGGAGACAAGUGGCGAAGUCGUAUAUGGUCUCGGCAGGCAACCUGCUGUCCUAAGAACUUUCAGCCAAAGGUUGAGCAGAGGCUUUAACGACGCUAUUAACGGGUUCAAUGACGACGGGUGGUCUUUGCUGAACUGUGAUGAUGGUGGGGAUGAUGUAAUAGUUGCCGUUAGUUCGGCUAAGAAUGUGACGGGUGCUUCAAAUAAUAUUUCCAUGAUUGGUGGCGUGUUAUGUGCUAAAGCAUCUAUGCUGCUUCAGAAUGUGCCUGCGGCAGUUCUUGUUCGAUUUUUGAGGGAGCACCGUUCAGAAUGGGCCGAUUUCAAUGUUGAUGCCUAUUCUGCUGCAUCUUUGAAAAACUCGUACACUUAUCCGGGAAUGAGGCCUACUCGAUUUACGGGUAGCCAAAUUAUCAUGCCUUUGGGUCACACGAUUGAACAUGAAGAGAUGCUUGAAGUUAUUCGGCUGGAAGGACACUCUCUCAGUCACGAGGAUGCGUUCAUGUCUCGAGACAUCCAUCUUCUGCAGAUGUGCAGAGGGAUUGAUGAGAAUGCAGAGGGGGCAUGCUCUGAGCUUGUCUUUGCACCAAUUGACGAAAUGUUUCCGGACGAUGCCCAUUUACUGCCUUCCGGUUUUCGUGUUAUCCCGCUUGAAUCAAAACCAGUUGAGUUGGGUGAGGUGCAGGAUCGAUUGUCUUCACACAAAACACUAGACUUGGCAUCAAGCCUUGAAGUGGGCCCCACAAUGAGCAGUAGCGGCAAAAACAAUGCUGCAGCAUCGUCAUCACCUUGCAGCCCGCGUGCAAUACUAACCAUUGCUUUCCAAUUCCCGUACGAGACCAAUUUACUGGACAACAUGGCUUCCAUGGCCCGUCAAUAUGUACGCAGCGUGAUUUCGUCUGUACAAAGAGUUGCCAUUGCUAUAUCUCCUUCGGGAUUGGACCCAAUUGCCCCCCCUAAACUAUCUCCAUCUUCCCCAGAAGCCCUAACACUCGCACAUUGGAUUUGCCACAGCUAUAGCUACCAUUCGGGAGCUGAGCUGCUAGGAGGAGGAGCUGAGUCUACGAGUGGUGAAGGAGUAUUAAAAUCACUUUGGCAUCAUCAAGAUGCCAUCUUAUGCUGCUCAUUGAUGGCCGUUCCUGUAUUUAUAUUUGCGAACCAAGCUGGACUAGAUAUGCUGGAGACUACACUUGUUGCCUUGCAAGAUCUCACUCUCGACAAGAUAUUUGAUGAUUCUGGACGAAAGGUGUUGUUUUCGGAAUUUGCCAAGAUCAUGCAGCAGGGAUUUGCGCACUUGCCAGGUGGCAUCUGCAUGUCGACAAUGGGUCGGCACAUAUCGUACGAGCAUGCCAUUGUGUGGAAAGUUUUUGGUGCAAAUGAGAACACAGUCCAUUGUCUGGCCUUCUCCUUCGUGAAUUGGUCCUUUGUAUGAUAUUUAAAAUUGUUCGAAACACCUAAAUCUUGAAGACACACCCCUCCUGUUGAUGAGUUCGUUUUGGUGUACAUGGAAAAUCAAUGAGGGACAUCAGACAUGAAGGAUUUUUUCUUUUUUUCUUCCAUUUCUGGGUUUUGGUUUGGAACUACUCCAUGCCUAUGCAUCUUUUGUUUGUGUUAAUGGAAAAUCAAAGAUGCUCUCUUAACAUAAAUGUGUUGGUGCUCUUUUGUACAUUCUUGUGUGAUCUACCCAAUCAGUUGAAGUUCCUCUCUCUUUUUUCGUUUACUUAAAGAGAAUCUUAGCACAAGUGUCAUUUCAUUACCAUGACACUUUGGGUUGUGUAAUCUUUUUUAAAUAUGAAAGUAGAAUUUGAGAUUUUGCAACUUUCCAAGUCUAUCUAAUCAAUUUGUGUUCAAUUAGAAGUUGGUGGCGGUGUAGACAAAUUUAAGUUGUGG